CCGAGGAAAUCAAACGGCCCCGGCAUGAAUUAGGCAGCGGGCUGCAGAGGGGAGGGCCCCCUCCCCCCAGCCCGGCGGGAGCAGCGCCGCCCCGCGCAGAGCCGCUGCUCGGGGCGCGCCACGCACACAGACACACACAGGCAGGCGGCGGGGGCGGGCCGGCCGGGCGGGGGGGCCCGGCAGAUGAAGAUGGCAAUGUCCGUGAUCCAAGCGUGCCGCAGCCUGGCUCUCUCAACAUGGCUGCUGUCCUUUUGUUUCGUGCAUCUGCUGUGCCUGGACUUCACCGUGGCCGAGAAGGAGGAGUGGUACACGGCCUUCGUCAACAUCACCUACGCCGACCCGGCGGCCGGCAGCGCCGAGCUCCGCAGCGAGAAGAGCGAGUGCGGGCGUUACGGCGAGCAGUCGCCCAAGCAGGACGCCCGCGGGCAGGUGGCCCUCUCCGCCUCGCCCACCGACCGCUACGCCUGCGACCCCGGCACGCGCUUUAACGCCCCGGCGCCGGGCAAGAGCUGGGUGGCCCUCAUCCCGCGGGGCAACUGCACCUACAAGGACAAGAUCCGCCACGCCGCCGCCCAGAACGCCUCCGCCGUGGUCAUCUACAACGUGGGCUCCAGCAACGCCAACGAGACCAUCACCAUGCCCCACGCAGGCCUAGAAGAUGUUGUAGCAAUAAUGAUUCCUGAACCCAAAGGAAAAGAGAUAGUGAGCCUCCUGGAGAGGAACAUUACUGUGAUGAUGUACAUAACCAUUGGGACGCGCAACUUGCAGAAGUACGUCAGCCGGACCUCUGUGGUGUUCGUCUCCAUCUCCUUCAUUGUGCUGAUGAUCAUCUCACUGGCAUGGCUGGUCUUCUAUUACAUCCAGCGAUUCCGCUACGCAAAUGCCAGAGACAGAAAUCAGCGCCGGCUUGGAGAUGCUGCAAAGAAAGCAAUCAGCAAGCUGCAAGUCAGAACAAUCAGGAAAGGUGAUAAGGAAACUGAGCCAGACUUUGAUAACUGUGCUGUUUGUAUUGAAGGCUACAAGCCCAAUGAUGUUGUCAGAAUUUUGCCUUGCAGGCAUCUUUUCCACAAGUCCUGUGUAGACCCCUGGCUGCUAGACCAUCGUACCUGUCCGAUGUGUAAAAUGAAUAUUCUAAAAGCUCUAGGGAUCCCGCCAAAUGCGGAUUGCAUGGAUGAUAUACCUCCAGACUUGGAAGCAUCCAUAGGAGGACCGCCAACUAACCAGAUAACAGGAGCUAGUGAUAUAACAGUGAAUGAGAGCUCUGUAGCCCUGGAUCCCCCGGUGCGGACUGUGGGAGUACUACAAGUCAUCCAAGACGUAGACUCCUUUCCCCAGGCUGGGGAGGGUAAUUUCACAACAAGCAAUGAACAGGAGCCAGCAGUCAGCAGUGAUUCAGAUAUUUCAUUGAUUAUGGCAAUGGAGGUUGGACUGUCCGAUGUGGAGCUUUCCACUGAUCAAGACUGCGAAGAGGUGAAAUCUUGAAAAACGAACAGAGAUCCAACACUAAACUACAGGGGAGGGUCACAGGGAGGGACCGAGUCAGCUUUCUAGGAUUUGGACCAGUCAUGCACAUGCCUCCAAAGCACUGUCACUCCUGCACACUCCAUUCUGAGAUGGUCACGAAAAGCAAUAGCAACAGUUGUGUCUGCCUGGAUGCGAUUUCAUCAUCUACAUACGUUCAUUUUGUUCACAUGGGAGAUGAACGCUUCCAGUUUACCCACGUGCUUGAAAGCGGUCAUGUAACUCUUCAGUGGCUCAUAAAUACGCAACUGAAAUGACAGCUUGAGUGUUUUCUACACUUGUUCGAUCGGGGGUUUGUUUCUAUUUUUUUGAAAAGGCAUAUGUUUGUUAUGUUUGUUUGUUUGUUUAUAGUUUGUUAUGGACGGACACUCUGUUUCAGUUGACUGACCCCAGCUUUUUCAAGAGUUCAGUCCAGAAAUCUGAAUUCCCAUUCACUGGUCACUUCAUGAUCUGAAUCCCAGGAUUUAUCACUGCCUUGUUGUUUCUGCAUGAAGUACAUGUGGCUUCAGAAGGAUGGUGCACCAGCACCCUGCAUUAAAGGGAAGCCUGCUUUCGUUAAGUGGGAGCCUUGGAAAUGGUAUAUUGGGAAGGCCUUUAUUUGCAAGAGAGCUCUGAAUUAUCAGAGAUUGCUGAGAUCUGGGUUAAAACUGCAUUGUGUUGGCUGUUAUUUGGAGCUCUGUUCUAGGCAAGUAUUGUACAGUGUGAAGGAGAGAAAGAAAAGCUUAAGCCUUCACUCUGUCCUUGUAGUCCUUUGCUCUAUUUUAUGCUAUUAGCAGUUGUCAGCACAUUAACGGCCUUCCUUCAAAUCACAAUUCAGUGGCUAGAAAAGACAAUCUAGUACAACAUCGUGUCUUUUCUAAAUUUUACUGACCAGUAGGCUAAAGGAGUGUUGCAGAGGUUUCCAGAGGCAGCUUGUUAACAGCUGUGCGUUAUGCGGCUGACAAGAAUAUUCUUAGAAAGGGUCUGGAGAUGCUGAUACCGGUGUCAGAAACUGCUAAUGAAGGAGGCAGCAGCUAGCUGAAAUGUUUACUUCCUGGUUUAUUUUGGGUUUUUUCUCAGUGCGUUUCACUUCUUAUGUUUGGAUGGCAGGUUUUGUCUGCUUCUUUUCAAACACAGGAGUUCAGGUGGUUUGUUGCCCUCCAGAGUCUCUGUCAACAUUGUCGCAAGUGUAAUGGAAUACUUGCAAUUUGUAUAUAGAUAUAUAUAUACCAAAAUAUGUUGGGCAGAGGGGAGGGAAUUUGAAAAUAAACAGAACUAUAUCGUAAGUCAAAACAUCUACAUAAUAAUGAUCUGUGAUGAUUAUUUAAUUCAUUCCGAGCUCUGCUUUCCAGGAGAAAGCUUAUCAUCACUUGUUCAGUGUACGAUUUUGUUUUUCAGUCAAAAUACUCAACUGUGAAGAAGCAUUUUUAGCUUACUGUUACACAAGAGUACAUGCUUUCUGUGACAGUCAGAUGGUUUGAAUCACAUUACUGCCUCCUGAGUAAGUCCAUAGAAUCAACAAUUCAUCUUGCAUCGAAAUUUCGUGGAGAGGUCAAACAUUUUGACUUGGUGGUGUCAUGGCAGCAUCUCAGAAUGCAACUGUUAGGGUUCUUGCUGCCUUUAAUCUCCUUGUGGAUUACUAGUUAGAUGUGGAAACCAAUUUCCAGCCAAAAUUCAGUUUGUCAGAUCUUAUUCGGGAGCAAAUGUGUUUAGAACUAUCCCUAAAAUUUUGGCUGACUUACUUCUUCAGUACAGGAAGAAGGAAGAAUUAUAUUCCGUGCUUUUCGGUCCAGUUAGAACUCAGUUCAUUUUGUACCUUAAUUUUUGUGAUGUUCUCAGUCCCUAAAUUGCAGGGUAACUUUGAGGCAAAGAGCACAGCCUAAUCAUCCUUCAAAACCGUGAUCCGGAAAUGUGCCGUUACAUUUUUAUAAAGCCAUUUGAAAGGACAUCACUUUUUAAUUAAAGAGAUACAGGCAGCUGGAAAUCCACUUGAUUCAAAAAGUUAGACAUCAUUCCAGAGGGCAGAGCUAGGUCACUCUUCCUGAUAUUUGUGGUUCUGUAAUUGUGUUUUCUUUUUUUUCCUUUUUUUUUUUUUUUUUUUGUUUUCUCUAUUCCUUGCUGCUAUGGGAAAGGCCCACAGCAUUAGGGGAAACCGAUGGUGAAAUUCAGCCCUACACCAGAGGGUUUGCACAAGGUACUGCAUCAGCUCCACUUUAGCUCUGGAGAUAGUGUUGAAAUGGGAUUUAAGUGGUGCUUACACCAAAUAGUGGCCCUUCACACAGGAAUGAAAUUCAUCUGAAAUUACUGCAGGGGAAAGAGUGAAGGUGGUAAUACACGCUCAGAUCUCUCUAUGGAAAGUACACACACUGGUCCAGUUUCUUCUCUAGCGCUGGAGCCUGGGUGCUACAUGUCACAGGAACAUCACAAACACAAUGUCCAAGUUGUCAGUGAUGUCUCAGUGUCCACCCAUUGCAGCCCAGCACACAGACAAAAAACUCCUGGCCAAACCGUUUGUGUUUCAGAGGAGCUGUCACAAAGUCUUUGUUUUAUUUCACAAACUUAAUUAAGUUAAUCUUAAUGAUAGAUUGACCAAUUACCUGUUGCUAUAGCGGAGUCACCCACAGCAGAGCAAGCGAGGUCUGUCGAAAAGCAAGGCAGGAGGUGAAGCUCCCAGCUGAUACUGAGCUGGGUCCUUUGACCAGCAAAAUCAUCAGAGGGAGCUGUCCUAAAGGGGCAUCACAUGGAUGGUAACUGAGACUCUGCCCAUAUUUCUAGGAGUUAAUGAAGGCUUUUUGGAGAGGAAUCACACUGCGUGCUCUUUUCCUAAGUAUCCCAUACUCGUUGUGGUCCCUCAGGGUCCACAGGUGGCCCACUGGCAGCGACAGGGUCUAGGCUGGGUGAGACAUUUUUACAUAUCACUGUACUGUGGUCUUUCAAAAGAGACAUCCUAGCAAAUCUGCUUCAGGAGCCUUUCUGCUUUCGUUUUCCCAGUUCUACCUGCAGUUUCACUCAGGAAAGAGGUUUUUCCAUCCCUCUGCUCAGGUGUUCUACUGUUAAGUGAUAACAAGCGCAAAGCCAGGUUACAUAUCACUGAAGCCAAAACUUUGGAAAGCACUUAAGUAGAUGUUUUAUUCCGUCCUUUUUCAGAAAAGCACUUAUUGCUGAUUUUGGACUUGUACGUUAUUUUUAACAGGUCUUCUAUGAGCAUAAUUAAGCCCCUGUGUCAAAUAGAAAUGUUUUCCUAAAGCAGGACCUGGCUGACAACAUUCUUUGUAUAUAUAACGUGUGAAAUGCCUUGGGAAUUUGAGGUGCUUCCUAAAUAGUAAGACCUGCAGAUGUAUGUUUGUAACGUAUAUGAAAGCCUUAAUUUUGCAGUUCUAUGUGCCCAUGCACAAUUUUGCUUACAUGAGUCUCUCCACUGAGAUUCAUGACAGGGUAAAAUGAAACCUCCUGAUUUGAAGCUUUGGGCAAGAUCAGUCCCAUCCUGAGCAUUGUGUGAGUCCUCAGUACUGCUGCCCACUAAGCUUGGGCUGUGGCGUUAAAUACGUGGGAUGUCGAUGCCAGGGAUGCAGCACUGCCUGUUCGGAAGGGAGAGCAGCCUUUAGCACACAGCCAGGAGAAAGCAAAAUCCUCUGGUGCCCUCUGACGAACAAUUGCUCAUGCACAUAAUUCUGCAGGCUGGCGCUGUGACUGUCCACCAGCACAGGGCAGAGGGCUCCUCCUGCGCAGGGCCAGUGCCAGGGGGGGCACAGCUCUCUGAGCAAGGCACUCUUGUCAUUAAGCUGAUCUUGUCUCUCUCUGAGCUCUUCCUGUCUGGUCAUCUGAGGCUCUUUUUUUCCUUCUUUUCCAUGACCACGUAGUAGGUGGGAGAAGCAUUCGCCUUGGUGGGGCUCAUCUUCACUGAGGCUGGAUCACAGGGUGAAACUUGGGACAGACAGAGACUGCUCUGAGUAUCCUUUGAUUUUCAUGGGUUUCACUAAACUGCCUUCCCAAAGGUCUGUUCAGUAGGUAGGACACAUAAAAAGUUACAUGGGCAGAAUUUUGCAUUCAAAAAUGACCUAAUGUGUGUAUGGAGAUGUGCAGGGCACCAGCUCUCCAUCGCUUCCCCACAGCUGACCCAUCCUGGUGGGGAUACAGGUCUGGCACUAGCUGAGGUUUUGGGGUUUUUUUUAUUUUCUGACUGCUUGAUAGCCUCAAAACCAGGAUCAAGAAAAUCACAGUACUGCAGUUCAUUCUUUUAAGUAUUCUAUAGAACUAAAUUGCCAUGUAUGCAUAUAAAAGUGCAUUGGUAUGACUAUGGAAACUAUAUGGUAACAAAAAUAGAAGCGGCUGCUGUUGUUAGACUUUUGCAUGGGGGAGAUUGUGGCACUAAAGAAAAAGGCUUUAUAGAGGCAAUUUGGAAAAAAAACAGUUAUUGAAUCCCAUACGGUAAGAGUUCCCUCGGAUCUCGGUACUUUAAUGACCCCUGGAUCAGAUCCAGAGGAAGCCACUGCAAGAAGGGAGCAGUACUUGGUCUCUUGUUUAAUGACUCGUUCGGGAGAUAUUCUGAUUUUAGUUAACAAACUGAACCCAAGCACCUCUUGAUAGAUCCAGCUCUGAAUUUAAUCUUUCUCAAAGAAUAUGCAUUUUGUGCUCCAAAGUUUUUGUUGUCAAACCUGUUAUCCCACCCUCCUUUCCCCCUUGCUAAGUGCUUAUCUAAUUUGAAAAAUGUCUGGCUCAGAAGACCUUUGCGUAUGGACAGGUUGCCCUGGCAGGUGUCUGCAGAUCACUUAACGCUUCUGUGUAUACUUCUAGUCAUCGGUACAACACAGUUACAGAUUUUCCAUAAAGUGUGUUUUAUUUGCCAUUCUUGUUAAACCUGGAGUGCAGUCGUCGUAUAGAUUUUCCAGCGUUUUGCCUUACAGACUUUUUCCUUUGAAUAUAUGCCACAGCCCUUUGAGCGGAUUCUGUGAUGAACGGGCAGAGAUGGGGGCACAGGUCCUGAUAUAUACAUUGCUGAACUGCAAGUCCUUGUUGUGACGAUUGGUCUGUACUGAAAUGACGACACAGGUUGUACGUAACAGCGGGAAAUGCCUUUCAGCCCAGGCAGCUGGGAAGCUCCCAGGCUGCGGUUGUUAGAGGCUCGUUCCUUCGUGGUCUCUGUAGAAAAGCUCCUGACUAAGCACAUAGUUUGAAAUAAGCCAGGAACAGGAAUUUAUAAGCUGGGCAAACCAAGAAAACCAAUAGUAAUUUAUUGAUUUCUGUUCGUUAGCAAUAAUGGACUAUUUUUAACCAUUAGUUGUGCUUGUAGAUCCCUGUUGUAGGGCCAAAGUUACAGGUCUGCCAGGAACAGGGGCCAGGACAAGCUGACUCUCAUAAACAGAAGAGAGAGUGCUUAGUUUCUGUUGGGAGGCCUGUGUUUUGCUGGACUGAAAUGGUAGAGAAGUCCAGCACGUUCCUUUACCAGCCCCUCUCGCGAAUGUUUGUUCUAGCGUGAGCCUUUGUUGCAGGGGAAGGAGAUUAUGGGAUCAAGCUAACGCUGCAUCGCUUCCUCUCUUGCAUUUUGUGCUCCCUGUAUCUUGUAGCAGGUGGGACUGCUCUGGUUUGGCGUGGGGGCAAGGGGCCAGCCUAAGUUCAGCCUGAGAGCCUAAUGAAAGGUGGACUGUGGGGUUUUGGCAGAUUCAGGGCAGCUGAGCUUCUUCAUAAGCAGUGCUGACUGGGAUUGCUGCUCCAUUGAAGAACACCGAGCGUUGAUUCAUUUGGUUUAUAGAUGCAAAAUGUGUGAGCGUAUAUGGGGCAACCAGCGUGACAGAAAUGAAUGGGCUCGGUUAACGCAAGCGGUGAAAAACAAUGUCAUGAAGUAUUUAGGGGUGAGGGAAAAUGAGGGUGGAGGCGUUGUUUUUGCAGACAUUUUAAAGGGGGGCGAUUGAUCCAACAGAAGUGCUUCUUUUAUUUUACCAAGCUGUUACCUGAACUAAUUGAUGGUUUCGCAGUUGAAAGAGGAACGCCAGAUGGACUUUCUAGUCUGCAUUUGUUCGCAUAGCAGAUGGCAGCGGCGGGCUGGGACGGCGGGUGAGGAGCAGGCUGCCCUCUGCCGCGCAGCUUCCCCUGCCCAGCUGGAAACCCACUCUGCUCUCUUUCUCUUCUUUGGCACUUCUUUUUCAAAGGAAAAAAAAAAUCACCUUCUGAGCAGGAGCUACAUUUCAAGGGGAGAAAUGGAGAAGAAAGAUGAAUGAAAGGUGUUGUGGAUUUCGAAUGAAAAGCCAAUGGAUUAAUUUUCCAUCUGAAAUUAAUCUUGUCUCAACUAUUUUAAUUGUGAAUCAGUGGAAGUUCUUUCUUUCUGGAGUGAAUGCCAGGAGGGAAAAAAAAAAAGGGGGGGGAGAGGAGAAAAAAAAAAAACGUUUUCCCUUUCUUGUUUAUUUCUUGAUUCUUCAGUCCUGUGUAGCAUUACAAACAAUAGCAAGAUCAAGACGCUUGUUUGCUCUGAAUGUAUACAGUUAUUUCAGAUGUCAAAUAUCUAAACGUUUUGUAUGUAUACGUAAUACCAUCCUUCCAGCUUGUUUCAUGUUAGGAACCUGAAAUGUCGGUACCAUUUUAUAAUUAGAAAUGUAAAGAGGGGACAGCGGGUGGGAGGGUCUGUGAUUUUUAUAGCAAAAUGUUCCUUGUAUUUAGUGAACAUUUAAAAUGGUUUUGUACUUGUCAAAAUAUACAUUCCAUCCAUUUCCAGAAGAGAACUAUUUUUAUUUAGAGUAGUUUAUAAGCAAACCAAAAAAAUGUGGCGUCCCAUUCGUACGCAGUUCAUGGACAGAGCAGAAGUAUCCUGGUUUUCAGUGAUGGCUCCAAAGCUUUUUCCAGCCACGUCUCUUCUCACACGCUGCACAGCCAUACCAGCAAAUGCCAGUGUUAAAAAGGGAAGAAAAAUCACUAACUAAAUAAAUACCAUAUGGAUCAGCGCACAGCUUACCGAAAUAACUUCCAGUUUGGAGGCAAUGGCCUGUCCCAGUGAAAUUCUCCAAGGUAAUUGCUCCUGCUCUGGACAGGAGGAGUGGAUUUACUGGGAGGCCUUCAGCCCACAUGCUGUGGCUCUGGUUGCACCGGGGCUCCCUCGAGAUGGGAACCUGUCUGAACUGAAGCUGGUUUGCUGAUAAGGCAGUCGGUUUCUGCAGGCUGGCCAGGUCGUGUUUGACUGUGGAAACCACCCUUCAUCUUCACAUUUUUAAAAAAAAUUUCCUUUCUCUAGAUGGCUGCACUUUUGUUUGUGAAACACCUAGGAGAAGACCGUGGCAAAAUCACACGGUGCACAGGCGGUUCUUUUUCUUAUCGUUAGCUGUCCCCCCGCCCCGCCCCGCUACCUGUGACUUGCUGCCAAAACAGUGCAGUAGCAGUUUGUGAAGCGAGCCUUCUUUUCUAGCGUGACUUUCUGUACAGUAUUGCAAAUAUACUUUAACUCUUUUUCUGAUAUUUUAUAACAUGUACAUCUUCCCCUCCAAUGCACUUUAUCUCUCUUGAAAAAUGUGGGAGUCAGAGAACUAUCAUCUUAAAGGGAUUUGCCUGAAAUCGAGGCACACAGAUUUUGGAUUUUUUUUUUUUUCCUUCUUGCUUUGUUAUAUACUGUAAAUGCUAAAGAGCAUGGACAGUGACUCAACUGGGGGAAGUACCGAAAUGUUGAGGCUAAUAUUUGGAAGCAUUAUUCAGUAGUACAACACGGCUAUUUUUGUUAUAUAGAGAAUUAUAAUGUAAAUAUGUGAGACUGUGUUAUUAUGUACUAGUAAAAUAUUGCAACUCUCAAAGUUAAGAUGGUGAAUUCCAAGGAAUUUUAUUGCAGGUUUUUUAAUAAAACGAAUCUGAUUACUGUGUCGUA